AUGGUUGGCUUCAGCAGCAUUGUCACUGCCACGGUGGUGUUGCUUGGGGAGCUGGGACUUGCCGCGCAGCUUACCAAGGUUAACUAUCCUAACAAUGCUACGUCCAAGGCGGAGAUGUGGAUAUAUGUCCCGGACAAGGUUGUUGCUUCGCCCCCGUUGGUAGUGGUGGUCCACUCGUGCCAAUCCUCGGCCCAAGCCUACUUCUCCAACUCUAAAAUCCCCUGGCGCCAAGGGUCCGAUCGGAAGGGAUACAUCACGCUGUGGCCGUCCUCGCCGAACUCGGGCACCUGUUGGGACGUCUCGUCGCGGCGCUCGCUCUCGCGCAACGGCGGCGGCGACUCGCAGGCCAUUGCCAACAUGAUCCUGCACGCCAUCGGCCGGUACGGCGCCGACCGGGAGCGCGUCUACCUCACGGGCGGCAGCUCCGGCGCCAUGAUGGGAAACGUCCUGGCCGCCACGUACCCGGACCUGCUGAAGGCGGUGAGCGUGUACAGCGGCGUGCCGGCGGGUUGUUUUGUGAGUGCGAGUGGUGGUGUGGCGGCGUGGAAUAAUACGUGCAGUGGUGGCCAGAGUCGGGCGUCGGCGGAGCAGUGGGGCAACGUGGUGCGGAACAUGUACCCCGGGUACAACGGCUCGCGGCCCAAGAUGCAGAUCUGGCACGGCAGCGCCGACGGCACGCUCGCGCCGGCCAACUUCCAGGAGACCAUCAAGCAGUGGACGAAUGUGUUUGGCGUCAGCCAGACGCCGACGAGUACGCUCAGGAAUUACCCGCAGGCCAACUAUCAGACGGACAAUUAUGGGGAGAACGUGCAGGGUAUCUAUGCGAACGGUGUUGGACACAGUGUGCCGGCGAACUUGACGGCGAGCGAGCUGUGGUUUGGGCUCUAG